CUUUCUGUAUAAUGCAGACCCACUGACGGAACGUUGGGAAAAGUGUAAAAUAUCAAAGUAGCCUACAAAAUAUCUGUUCUGCGAUGUAUUUUCCAACAUCCUCAAUACCUCUGGGUAGACUACUUAAUUUAGCCUAAGUGUUGCUUUCUGAGGGAGGGUCGUUAAAGCACCGCCCAAAAAACGGAAGGCUAAUUUAAGAUAGCCACCUUGGCUUUACACGUUUACAGAAAUUCUCGGGGGAAGGAACCCCCCUUCUGUACAACAAACGUAAGACAUCACUUAUCUUGGGCUUCGAUAGAGAGUGGAAGGCUGAAGAAAGGUCGCAACAUAUGUAGAUUCGGUUUCAUUUGCAGACGUCGGUAUUUAUAGUUAGUGGCGGGCUACAAUACUCAAACUUUUUGCAUAAUAUUUUAAAGAUGGAGGCGAGAUUUGUUUUGGGGGUUCUCUUUAUAACUAUAGUAUCUGUGCGGAGUAGUUCCGGCCCACUGGAAGACGUUGUAGUGGAUAAAUAUUAUAUCCCCAAAAUUUGUUCAAGAACAGUAGCAUCUGGUGACUAUGUACGUUAUCACUACAACGGCACUUUUACGGAUGGAAAGAAGUUCGACUCCAGCCACGAUCGCGGUGCCCCCUUUAGCGGACAGGUGGGACUGGGCAGGCUGAUCACGGGCGUGAGCCGUGGGAUCGAGGGCAUGUGUGUGAACGAGCGCAGGAAGCUCACUGUGCCACCACACCUGGCAUACGGCAGCGUGGGAGCAGGUGAUGUUGUCCCCCCAGAUACCACGUUGGUCUUUGAUGUGGUUAUGCUGGAUAUCUGGAACAUGGCAGACAAGGUCCAGACACGCACCGUCAGCAAAUCGCAGAACUGCAAGCGCACCGUGCGGAACUCUGACUACAUUCGCUACCAUUACAAUGGCACCCUUAUGGAUGGAACCCCCUUUGACUCCAGCUACAACAGGAAGCAGACCUACAACACAUACAUCGGAGAGGGCUGGUUGAUCAAGGGGAUGGAAGAGGGCCUUCUGGGCAUGUGCGUGGGAGAGACUAGGAAUAUAAUCAUUCCACCCUUCCUGGGCUAUGGAGAGAAGGGAUAUGGCACAGAGAUUCCACCUCAUGCCAGCCUGAUAUUUGACGUAGACCUGGUGGACCUUCACAACCCCAAGGAUGACAUCAUUGUUGAAAACCAGGUGGCUCCAGAGUCCUGCUCGCGGAAGUCCGGAGUGGGUGACUUCAUCCGCUACCACUACAAUGGCACAUUCAUGGACGGCACACCAUUCGACUCUAGCUACCGGCGGAAUGAAACCUAUAACACCUACAUCGGCAUGGGCUACGUGAUUGCUGGCAUGGACAAGGCCCUGCAGGGGGUGUGCAUGGGGGAGAAGAUGCACAUCACCAUCCCCCCCCAUAUGGCCUACGGGGAGAAAGGAGCUGGUGAGGACAUCCCCGGCUCGGCCGUGCUGGUCUUUGACAUCCACAUCAUCGACUUCCACAACCCCAAGGACCUAGUGGAUAUAAAGAUUACCCACAAACCUGAGGACUGCAACCUGACCUCUGCGGGAGAUGACCUGAUCCACUACCAGUACAACUGCUCCCUCAUGGACGGCACACUGCUCUUCUCUUCGAACGACUACGAGAAUCCGCAGGAGACCACCCUGGGGGCCGACAAGGUGAUUGAUGGACUGGACGAGGGGCUGCGUGGCAUGUGCGUGGGUGAGAGGAGGGUGGUCAUCGUUCCGCCCCACAUGGGCCACGGUGUGAAUGGAGCGGCCGGAGUCCCGGGCAGCGCUGUGCUGUUCUUCGAGCUGGAGAUGAUGGAAAUCCAGAAAGGGGUGCCAGAGGGGUACCUGUUUGUGUGGCUAGAGAACAGUCCUCCGCAACUCUUCGAGGCCCUGGACAUUAACAAGGAUAAGGAGGUGCCACUGGAAGAGUUCACAGAAUUCAUUAAGCUCCAGGUGGCAGAGGGGAAAGGUCGUCUUCGGCCAGGCCAGGACCAGGAGGCCAUCAUCAAGGAUAUGUUCAAUAACCAGGACCGCAACAAUGAUGGCAAGAUCACUGCGGAGGAGCUGAAACUGAAGGUGGAGGAGGACGCAGAGAAGGCCCACGAGGAACUGUGAGACAGACGGACUGACAGACAAACACACUCCAAGCCUGAGAACAGCACUGCAAAGAGAUGUUGCCGGGCAGAGGAUGGUGCGACUCCCCAAUCAGCAUUCAGAAAGCCUUUUCACUGGCUUCCACCAGCCAAUUCUAUAGCCCCCCCUCUCCUCAGAUUCUGAAUCAAGGGAGCCUGAUACUUGUGUAUACAUCUUAACACUUGCUAAAUGACUGUUUGCCAAGUGUUAAGAACACUUAUUUCAGAGGUUUAUUACUGGUUACAGUGACUUUAAACUUCAGGGAAAGCAGGGUAGACAAUUUAUCAGACAAAAACUUCAGGAAAAAAUGGCCAAUCAUUUAUCUCAGUUCUAUGGACUUGCACACUGUAACUUAAAACAAAUUGGUACAAGUAGCACCUUAUGUGUCUUAUUUUAAAGGGCCAGUUCACCAAAAAAUAUAAAAAGUAUAUUUCCAUUUGCCUCGUGUACUAUCUAUCCAUCCAGAUAGUUUUGCUGAGACUUUUCCGAGAUGGACAGAUAGCACUCUGGGUAAGGGGAAACGUACUCUAAUUUCAUUUAGGGUAAACUGCCCCUUUAAUAUUCUUAAACAUUUCAUGAGACUUUUGCAAGCUACUGUUGUCAAACAUGCAGCUGAAGUUCACAAGAGAAUCUUCCCAGGAAGCAUUGCACGGGGACCUGUAAUGGCUGAUGGAUUUGCACUGCGUGUGUCUCAAUGUCCCCAGUAACACUCAAAGUCAGAUGAAACCUGUGAGUUGUAUAUUUGAUGUGGGUAUUUUGUACAAUACAAGAAUAUAUUUUCAGACUUGCAUUGUGUACCUUAUCACAAAAUAAACAACAGCUGUUUUAUACAAAA